AUGCCUCCAUUCCCCCUAUUAUUCCACUCUCCUGAUAAUUGGACCUCGAACCAUCUUGAGACCUUGAGAAUCGAACGGCAUUUUAACGCCAGUCUCGACGAAAUCAUUGGAGUUGAUCACAUUCCUAAGGAUGGAGAUGAAGGUUGGACUCUACGCGCUUCGCUCAUGUCUCUGUCUUGGAGUUGUUCACACAUCGCAGAAUUUGAAUCGCUCGUCACGGAGUUCGCCGAACCAACAGAAAACGAGUUAAAGAAUCUUCGUGGCACAGCAUGUGUCCGAUACAGACGCAACAUCUUCUUACCAGUUUUCAAACCUCUUUGCGAGAUGCUCAAUUCCGAUGUUUUCUUUGAUGCGUCCAGGCAAGCUGUGCUGAGCUUCGUUGAGAUCAUUUUGCGCCGCGUGCAUCUGGACAAGCCUAUACGGGUCUCAUGUAUCCAAACCAUAUCGUUUGAAGUGGCAGGUAUGCGGGGUGGCCUCGAGUGUCAAGGGGUGCUGCUCGAGUCUUCUAUACCACAAUCUCCGCUGGCAGUGUUUUCAGUUGCUAAAGAUGGUGAUUGCAAGUUCAGGGACCAAGUAGCACAGUUAUUGCUGCAGAAGGCGGGGGCACACCAACGGAAUCAGUCUCGUAGAGCCUUUGUUAUCUUUAUGGAUAGCACGAAUUUCCAGCUUACUAUGGCAGAUCCGCAUCGGAAUUACUUAGACGCUCUCUUGCAUGGCGAACGCCCACACCAGAACCUCGAUUUAUAUCAUUCGGAAUUUUACAAUCUAUGCAAUUGCCGUCGACGGAAGGAGGCAUUGAGGGUUAUGCUGGGUCUUAUCAGGCUGCUUGGUGCAGACGGACUGACAAGGGGGUUGCCUUGA